AUGGCCGAGCCGGGGCCAGAGCCGGGGCGCGCGUGGCGGCUGCUCGCCCUGUGCGGGGCCGCCGUGUUCCUGGCGGCGGCGGCGGCAGGCUCGGCCCUGCUGGCCUGGAAUCUGGCAGCCUCGGCCUCCCGGGGGCCUCGCUGCCCGGAGCCGGGGGCCAACGCCACGGCGCCGCCCGGGGCCCCGGCGCCCGAGGUCGAGGAGCUGCGGCGGCGGCUGGCGGAGGCUGCGCAGCGCGAGGAGGCCCUGGCCAGGCAGCUGGACCAGGCCGAGGGCGGCCGUCGGGAGCUGGAGGAGGCGCUGAGGGCCUGUGAGGGCCGCCAGAGCCUGCUUCAGACGCAACUGAUGACACUGAAGACUGAGAUGGACGAGGCCAAGGCACAGGGGACCCAGAUGGGGGUCGAGAACGGGGAGCUGACAGAAGCCCUGCUGCGCUGGGAGGCGGCGGCCACGGAGUCUGCGCGGCAGCUGGACGAGGCGCAGCGGCGCGCGCGCGCGGCCGAGGCCGAGGGCGAAGCCUGCGCAGCUCGGGAGGCAGCGCUGCGCGAGCGUGUUAAAGCCCUGGAAGCUAAGAUGGGCCCCCAGCGCAGAGUGCUGCACCCCCGGCCCCGCUCGGGGUCCCGACCCCGACCCAGUCCCCGCUCGCGCUCUCGCCCUGGACCCUCGGGGGGCUGCCGGCGGCCGGCGCGCCGCGCGCGAGGGUGAGUCAGUCCCCAGCAGGAUGGGGGCUCGAGGCCAGGAGG